AUGAAAGGGGAGAUGAGGGACACGGGAGAAGUGUGAGGGGGGACGAGGAAGAGGGGAUAUGGGAUAAUAUAGGAAGAAGGAUGUGAACCUCCAAUGCAGCACAGUUCCCAUUCUAACUCCUCACUGAUCCCUGUGUCUCUCUCUCUCUCCCUCCAUCCAUCCAGCUGGUCCGUCCAUCCCCUCAGUGGGCUACCCCAAGAGGAGCCAGACCACAUCGGCCGACAACGGCGACCACAAAGAGGAAGGGGGUGCCCAGCCCCGGAAGUCUGGUUCGUCGGGCGGGCGCGUUGGCGGUGUUGCCCCUGCCAGUCCCCUACUGGGUAACGCCAACAACCCCAACAAGGCCAACAUCCCCGACCGCAAGAAAGGCUCAACCACACCCACCGUGAGUACAGAGAGAUCACAUAGAAUAUACACAUGGAAUAUACACUACAUGACCAAAAGACACCUGCUCGAAUGAACGUCUCAUUCCAAAAUCAUGGGCAUUAAUAUGGAGUUGGUCCCCGCUUUGCUGCUAUAAAAGCCUCCACUCUUUUGGGAAGGCUUUCCACUAGAUGUUGGAACAUUGCUGUGGGGACUUGCUUCCAUUCAGCCACGAGCAUUAGUGAGGUCGGGCGCUGAUGGGCGAUUAGGCCUGGCUCGCAGUCGGCUAUCCAAUUCAUCCCAAAGGUGUUCGAUGGGGUUGACAAACCAUUUCUGUUUGGACCUCUCUUUGUGCACAGGGGCAUUGUCAUGCUGAAACAGGAAAGGGCCUUCCCCAAACUGUUGCCACAGAAUCUAGAAUGUCAUUGUAUGCUGUAGCGUUAAGAGUUCCCUUCACUGGAACUAAGGGGCCUAGUCCGAACCAUGAAAAACAGCCCCAGACCGUUAUUCCUCCGCCACCAAACUUUACAGUUGGCACUAUGCAUUUCCACUGCUCCAGAGUCAAAUGGUGGCGUGCUUUACACCACUCCAGCCGACGCUUAGCAUUGCGCAUGGGGAUCUUAUAUAUUUUUUCUCCCUUUUUCUCCCCAAUUUCGAUCUUGUCUCAUCGCUGCAACUCCCCAACGGGCUCGGGAGAGGCGAAGGUCGAGUCAUGCGUCCUCCGAAACAUGACCCGCCAAACCCCUCUUCUUAACACCUGCCCACUUAACCUGGAAGCCAGCUGCACCAAUGUUUUGGAGGAAACACCAUUCAACUGACGACCGAAGUCAGCCUGCAGGCGCCAGGCCCGCCACAAGGAGUCGCUAGAGUGUGAUAUCCAAGUAAAGCCCCCCCGGCCAAACCCUCCCCUAACCCGGACGACGGUGGGCCAAUUGUGUGCCGUCCUAUGGGACACAGCCUGGGAUUGAACACGGGUCUGUAGUGACGCCUCAAGCACUGCGAUGCAGUGCCUUAGACCGCUGCGCCACUCAGGAGGCCGCGCAUGGUGAUCUUAGGCUUGUGUGCGACUACUCAGCCAUAGAAACCCAAUUCAUGAAGCUCCCGACAAACAGAGGCAGUUUGGAACUCAGUAGUGAGUGUUGCAACUGAGGACAGACGAUUAUGACGCGCUACGUGCUUCAGCACUCGGCGGUCCCGUUCUUUGAGCUUGUGUGGCCUACCACUUCGUGGCUGAGUGGUUGUUGCUCCUAGACUUUUCCACUUCACAAUAACAGCACUUACAGUUGACCGAGGCAGCUCUAGCAGGGCAGAAAUUUUACAAACUGACUUGUUGUAAAGGUAGCAUCCAAUGACGGUGCCAUGUUGAAAGUCACUGAGGUCUUCAGUAAGGCCAAUCUACUAACAAUGUUUGUCUAUGGAGAUUGCAUGGCUGUGUGCUCUAUUUAUACACAUUUACAUUUAAAAAAUAUAUAUAUUUUUUGGGGGAGGGGUGGAAGGAUUACUUUAUCCUAGGUAUUACUCACUCCCAGGUAUUCCUUAAAGAGGUGGGGUUUCAAAUGUCUCCGGAAGGUGGUGAGUGACUCCGCUGUCCUGGCGUCGUGAGGGAGCUUGUUCCACCAUUGGGGUGCCAGAGCAGCGAACAGUUUUGACUGGGCUGAGCGGGAACUAUGCUUCCGCAGAGGAGGGGGAGCCAGCAGGCCAGAGGUGGAUGAACGCAAUGCCCUCGUUUUUGGGUGUAGGGACUGAUCAGAGCCUGAAGGUACGGAGGUGCCGUUCCCCUCACAGCUCCAUAGGCAAGCACCAUGGUCUUGUAACAGAUGCGAGCUUCAACUGGAAGCCAGUGGAGUGUGCGGAGGAGCGGGGUGACGUGAGAGAACUUGGAAAGGUUGAACACCAGACGGGCUGCGGCAUUCUGGAUGAGUUGUAGGGGUUUAAUGGCACAGGCAGGGAGCCCAGCCAACAGCGAGUUGCAGUAAUCCAGACGGGAGAUGACAAGAGCCUGGAUUAGGACCUGUACCGCUUCCUGUGUAAGGCAGGGUCGUACUCUCCGAAUGUUGUAGAGCAUGAACCUGCAGGAUCGGGUCACCGCCUUGAUGUUAGCGGAGAACGACAGGGUGUUGUCCAGGGUCACGCCAAGGCUCUUCGCACUCUGGGAGGAGGACACAACGGAGUUGUCAACCGUGAUGGCGAGAUCAUGGAACGGGCAGUCCUUCCCCGGGAGGAAGAGCAGCUCCGUCUUGCCAGGGUUCAGCUUGAGGUGGUGAUCCGUCAUCCAUACUGAUAUGUCUGCCAGACAUGCAGAGAUGCGAUUCGCCACCUGGUUAUCAGAAGGGGGAAAGGAGAAGAUUAGUUGUGUAUCGUCAGCGUAGCAAUGAUAGGAGAGGCCAUGUGAGGAUAUGACAGAGCCAAGUGACUUGGUGUAUAGGGAGAAUAGGAGAUGGCCUAGAACUGAGCCCUGGGGGACACCAGUGGUGAGAGCACGUGGUGCGGAGACAGCUUCUCGCCAGUAGGAGCGACCGGUCAGGUAGGACGCAAUCCAGGAGUGAGCCGUGCCGGAGAUGCCAGCUCGGAGAGGGUGGAGAGGAGGAUCUGAUGGUUCACAGUAUCAAAGGCAGCAGACAGGUCUAGAAGGACAAGGGGGGGGGGAUUCAGCAGUGAGGAGAAUGUGGCAAAGAGCUUCCUAGGGUUAGAGGCAGAUGCUAGGAAUUUAGAGUGGUAGAAAGUGGCCUUAGCAGCAGAAACAGAUGAAGAAAAUGUAGAGAGGAGGGAGUGAAAAGAUGCCAGGUCGGCAGGGAGUUUAGUUUUCUUCCAUUUCCGAUCAGCUGCCCGGAGCUCUGUUCUGUGAGCUCGCAAUGAGUCAUCAAGCCACGGAGCUGGAGGGGAGGACCGAGCCGGCCGGGAGGAUAGGGGACACAGGGAGUCAAAGGAUGCAGAAAGGGAGGAGAGGAGGGUUGAGGAGGCAGAAUCAGGAGAUUGGAGGGAGAAGGAUUGAGCAGAGGGAAGAGAUGAUAGGAUGGAAGAGGAGAGAGUAGUGGGAGAGAGAGCGAUGGUUGCGGCGGCGCAUUACCAUCUGUGUAGGGGCAGAGUGAGUAGUGUUGGAGGAGAGCGAGAGAGAAAAGGAUACAAAGUAGUGGUCGGAGACAUGGAGGGGAGUUGCAGUGAGAUUAGUAGAAGAGCAGCAUCUAGUAAAGAUGAGGUCAAGCGUAUUGCGUGCCUUGUGAGUAGGGGGGGACGGUGAGAGGGUGAGGUCAAAAGAGGAGAGGAGUGGAAAGAAGGAGGCAGAGAGAAAUGAGUCAAAUGUAGACGUAGGGAGGUUGAAAUCCCCCAAAACUGUGAGGGGUGAGCCAUCCUCAGGAAAGGAACUUAUCAAGGCAUCAAGCUCAUUGAUGAACUCUCCAAGGGAACCUGGAGGGCGAUAGAUGACAAGGAUAUUAAGCUUAAAUGGGCUAGUGACUGUGACAGCAUGGAAUUCAAAUGAGGAAAUAGACAGAUGGGUUAGGGGAAAAAUUGAGAAUGACCACUUGGGAGAGAUGAGGAUUCCUGUGCCACCACCCCUCUGACCAGAUGCUCUCGGGGUAUGCGAGAACACAUGGUCAGACGAGGAGAGAGCAGUAGGAGUAGCAGUGUUUUCAGUGGUAAUCCAUGUUUCCGUCAGCGCCAGGAAGUCGAGGGACUGGAGGGUAGCAUAGGCUGGGAUGAAGUCAGCCUUGUUGGCAGCAGAACAGCAGUUCCAGAGGCUGCCUGAGACCUGGAACUCCAGGUGUGUGGUGCGUGCAGGGACCACCAGGUUAGAUAGGCAUCAGCCACGCAGUGUGAGGCGUUUGUGUAGCCUGUGCAGAGAGGAGAGAACAGGGAUAGGCAGAGGCAUAGUUGACAGGCUGUAGCAGAUGGCUACAAUAAUGCAGAGGAGAUCGGAAUGAAAUGAACUAAACAUCUGGGAAAGGAGAGAGCAGGGCCUCCCUCACCAAAAAACUCCCAAAUAUAACUCUCCCAACUUCCACCUCAGAAACUAUAAUUGUUUCACUGAACCACCCGAAUAAAACUCUCCCAACUUCCACUUUAGAAAUUAGAAUUGUUGUAAACUACAGCGGUUCAAUGUUUCAAGGAAUAGACUCAACUUACUUUAUUCAGCUAGCUAACUAUGACGCCAUAGCUAACUAGCAUGCUAGCAUCCAAUAACACACAGUUUAGCACCAAUACUUGGUUACAACAAACUACCAAUAGUGUGUUAACACACUAAACAGAUAAUUCGUGUCCGUGUCUAGUUCCUUUCAUAACACAGUGCAUUCGGAAAGUAUUCAUACACCAGCAAUGGGUGUGGCUGAAAUAGCCAAAUCCACUAAUUUGAAGGGGUGUGCACAUACUUUAGUAUGUACAGUGCAUUCGGAAAGUAUUCAAACCCCUUGACUUUUUCCACAUUUUGUUACGUUACAGCCUUAUUCUAAAAUGGAUUUUAAAAAAAAGAAAUGCAUCAAUCUACACACAAUACCCCAUAAUGACAAAGCGAAAACAUAAGUAUUCAGACCCUUUGCUAUGAGAUUCGAAAUUGAGCUCAGGUGCAUCCUGUUUCCAUUGAUCAUCCUUGAGAUGUUUCUUCUUGAUUGGAGUCCAUCUGUGAUAAGUUCAAUUGAUUGGACGAUUUAGAAAGGAACACACCUCUACAUAAGGUCCCACAGUUGACGGUGCAUAUCAGAGCAAAAAUCAAACCAUGAGGUCGAAGGAAUUGUCUGUAGAGCUCAGAGACAAGAUUGUUUCGAGGCACAGAUCUGGGGAAGGGUACCAAAAAAUGUCUGCAGCAUUGAAGGGUCCCCAAGAACACAUUCUUAAAUGUAAGAAGUUUGGAAACACCAAGACUCUUCCUAGAGCUGGCCGCCCGGCCAAACUGAGCAACUGGGGAGAAGGGCCUUGGUCAGGGAGGUGACCAAGAACCCGAUGGUAACUCUGACAGAAAUCCAGAGUUCCUCUGUGGAGAUGGGAGAACCUUCCAGAAAGACAACCAUCUCUGCAGCACUCCACCAAUCAGGCCUUUAUGGUAGAGUGGCCAGAGUAAAAGGUACAUGACAGCCCACUUGGAGUUUGCCAAAAGGCACCUAAAGGACUCUCAGACCAUGUGAAACAAGAUUAUCUGUUCUGAUGAAACCAAUAUUGAACUCUUUGGCCUGAAUUCCAAACGUCACGUUUGGAGGAAACCUGGCACCAUCCCUACGGUGAAGCAUGGUGGUGGCAGCAUCAUGCUAUGAGGAUGUUUUUCAGCGGCAGGGACUGGGAGACUAGUCAGGAUCGAGGGAAAGAUGAACGGAGCAACGUAUAGAGAGAUCAUUGAUGAAAACCUGCUCCAGAGCGCUCGGGACCUCAGACUGGGGCGACGGUUCACCUUCCAACAGUCAACGACCCUAAGCACACAGCCAAGACAAUACAGGAGUGGCUUCGGGACAAGUCUCUGAAUGUCCUUGAGUGGCCCAGCCAGAGCCCGGAUUGAACCCGAUCAAACAUCUCUGGAGAGCCCUGAAAAUAGCUGUGCAGCGUCACAGCUGGAGAGCCCCAUCCAACCUGACAGAGCUUGAGAGGAUCUGCAGAGAAGAAUGGGAGAAACUCCCCAAAUACAGGUGUGCCAAGCUUGUAGAGUCAUACCCAAGAACACUCAAGGCUGUAAUUGCUGCCAAAGGUGCUUCAACAAACUACUGAGUAAAGGGUCUGAAUACUUACGUAAAUGUGAUAUUUCAGUGCAAACAUUUCUAAAAAAACAGUUUUUGCUUUGUCAUUAUGGGGUAUUGUGUGUAGAUUGAUGAGAAAAAAAAUAUUGAAUCCAUUUUAGAAUAAAGCUGUAACGUAAACAAAAUGUGGAAAAAGUCAAGGGGUCUGAAUACUUUCCGAAUGCACUUUAUAGUGUAUAUACACACAGGUUCGCACACCAACCACAUUCACACUGCGUGACUUUCUUUCUUCUGUUUGUUCUUUCAUUCUUUUUAUUUAUUUCUGUAUCUAUUUCUCUCACUGUCUGCACCAUCUGUCUCACCCUCUCUCUCUAUCAAUUAAAUUGAAUAAACUUCAUUGGCACGAAAAGUGAAAGAACUGACAUUGUCAAAGCACAACAGUGUAACUGGGUCAUGUUCUUCAAAAACAACAACAACAACAAUUCCUCUCUUUCUUUCACUCCCCCCCCCCCUCCUUACGUCACCCUUAUCCUAUUUCUCUCCUUUCAUCACCCUCUCUCUCUCUCCUUCCAGACUAACUCAACAUCAGGGGGCAUGACGAGGAGGAACACGUAUGUGUGUAGUGACAGGAACGCCUCGGACCGCCACUCCGCCGUCAUCCAGAAUGGAAAAGAGAACAGGUGAGAGGUGUGAGAAGCCAAAGCUCUGUCUGUCAUGUUGUCCUUCUUGGCCCCCUAAAUACAGGCACACAGACCCAGACGCAGGCAUACACACAAUUAAAAAACAACAUCAUUUUAGUCAUUUAGCAGAUGCUCUUAUCCAGAGGAACUUACAGGAGCAAUUAGGAUUAAAGACACAUUGAGAGAUUUUUCACCAAGUUGGCUCGGGGAUUCGAACCAUCGACCACUCGGUUACUGGCCCAAUGCUCUUAACCGCUUGGCUACGCACGCACGCGCUCUCAUGCACGCACGCGCUCUCACGCACGCACAUACUCUCACAUACACUCUCACGAACGCACACACUCACGAACGCAAGCACUCGCUCACACACACACACUCCCACGAACGCACGCAUGCACUCUCACACACAUACACUCCCACGCACGCACUCUCUCACACACACUCCGAAGAACGCACACACGCACACACUCACUCACACACGCACUCCCACAAACCCACGCACACACUCACUCACACACUCCCACGAACACACGCACUCGCUCACAUUCCCACGAAUGCACUCUCGCGCACACAUUUAUUGUUUUUGUCUCAGGCGCACACUCUUUCUCUCACAAACACACACACAUUUGUUGUCUUUGUCUCACACGCACACACUCCCUCUCACAAACACACACAAAUACACACCCAAUCUCUCUCCACACUAUUGGAAGAAACACUAUAGCCCGCGGCAGCUCCGUACACCACCCUAUGCAAAAUUCAUGCUGGCCUUGAAUAUGGUGUUCUAGUUAAACACUGCGUCUGAAGGGAGAUUGUUGUUUCAAUAGAGGCCUUCAGUGCCGGAAGCCCUAUUCAUCAUUAUCACACACACGCACGCACACACAGUGUUUUCUCUGUAACAUUAGGGACACACAGCCAUGUGAAAUAGCCAUUGCCAAAAACCCAUUGGUUUGGAACAUCAGAGGGAUACAUUGGGGCCUGUAAAUGUUAAGCUUAAUAAAAACCAAAGUGUAUAUUUACCCAAGACAUUUGCUCAUUUAAAAGGACUCUCUUAUCCAUUUUUCUUUUUAAGUAGUCUGUAUGUGGUGUUGGAUAAAAAAAACACUUUUGAAAGUCACAACAUAACUCUGUGUUGUUAGAAAACACAAUAGAUGGCCUACUUGGGGAAGUGUUCUGAUUACAAUUCUACGAGCCUGGUCAAGAUUAAAAUAGACUAUGCCAAGAGAAUCUUGAGGACUUGGAAGGUAUGUUUUUAAAACUGAGACGUAAGCUUGUCCUUUAUUGGUUUUUGACCGUUAUUUGACCGGUUAGUCUGUCAGCAAUGGUCACAGCCUUUCAUCUCUCUCGUGUUCGUAGGCACCAAAUGGAAGAAAAUGGAACGGGAAUGGACUUACCUGGGCUUGUCCACUAAGAAACGCUCAUUUGGUUUUCCGAGAUUACUUGUGUUACCAUGGCAAUUAAUGUUGAGUUGUCAGAUUUAUCAACAAGAUGACUUUUUGAAUGUCAUUCAUGUCGCGAAUGAGUCAUUCACGACAUUCACAAAGGAAAUUAGUGCAAUGCAACAUUGCUAUACAUUGAUCCAAUUCCCCUCAAUUAUAAAUAAAAACUGAUAUGUAUCGAGGACUGAGGGCAACACAGCAGAUUGAGGCACACUCCUAUCCAUUCAACAAUCCACACCCUUUUACCAGUGUAACCCAAUACAGACGCAGUCACCACUGCCAAAUAAGCUCCCUUAAACAUCUGCUUGUCUAACUACCUAUACCAUACUGCUGCCACAGUACAUUCAUUCAAGAGAGCCUUUCUGUCCUCUACCUCUCUCUUAUGAAGUUUGACUCUUUUUGUAUGCCCUCAAGGCUUUAUUAAAACCCACGUUUUCUUCUCUGGCCCUGUGGCCUUUUUCGCCGCACUUUGCCUCCUGUCCUCUUGGGGGCAGCAUGAGUGAAAUGUCGGCGGCCUGUACCACUAGCCCCGCUGCAUACGCCAAGGCCCUCACCGCCUCCUCGGCCUCAGUCCACCUGCGCCACCAGAAGGCCGCGUCCCUCUCGGCUUCGGGCCACACAUGCCGCCAAACGCUGCCGCCUACCGACGGCGACUUCUUCAGGCCUAAGUAAGAGGCUUCCCACCCCAACUCCCAGGGGUUUGACCAGGGGGCCCCGUUUGAUCUGUCUGCUUUUUUCUCUAACCUCGUUUUCCAUCCCCCUCUCUGUCCGCACUUUAUCUCUCUCUAACGCCCUCUGACCUCCCACCGAAUGAGCUUCUGACCAAUCGUACCCUUUCCCUCCCCAACACUCAUCCCACGCAUUUUCCCACUUCUCAUUCCGUUAGCUCCACCCCCAAAGCACCUCCUCCAAUGGCUGAGGACCUCUUUUAAAGGUCCAUUUGUGUCUUAACGUGAAGAAGGAUUGCCUCCUGCUCUGGUCUCUCUUUCCACUAACUUACCCCAGUGUCUUUGGUCCGAAGUAGUGCUAGCCAAAUCUCACCUGAUAAACAAACCAUCCUUAAUGUAGCAAAGAUAAGCAACCUCUUUGUCAUUGGCUCAAAUGUCCUAAAGGUUCUGUUUAGGUUCCCUUUAACUCUUUAGUCAACUAAACGAUAAAAACAAGUGUUUCACAUUAUGUGGUUGAUAAAGUCAUAACUAACCAAAACCAUCCGAGUUGACAUCUGCUGCAGGGUAAUGGUACCCCCUCUUAUGAACAUGAAUAACCUGGAAACCGGUCUGCUUUAGCCAAGUUCUUGGCUAACGUAGAAAACAGACCGUGACCCAGGCUUGAUUGUGUGGUCUUGACCCUUAACUCCUCUCCUUCCUCCACCCGUUUCCUCCCCAGCACGACGUCCAGCCAACGGAACCCCGGCGGCGCCUCCACCCACAGCAUCAGCAGCGGUACCACGCCCCCCGACCGGCUGCAUUUCCCCCGCGGCACGGCCAGCCGCAGCACCUUCCACGGCGGCCAGCUGCGGGAGCGCCGCACGGCCACCUACAAUGGCCCGCCUGCCUCGCCCACGCUCUCGCAUGACGCCACGCUCCUCUCGCAGUCCCGCAGCCGUGGCUCCACCAACCUCUUCACCAAGCUCACCUCCAAGCUCACACGC